UUAUGCUCCUCGCAAUCGCCUCCUCUAUCCAGAACACCCCAUGGUGUUUAGAUGGUCAUUAAGAGAAUGAAUUCAUUAGUCAAAUGGAUAUUGAUACUCUUUAGCCUGAUCUCAGUAAUAGCGAAUAUUGUCUUCUUAUGCCUUUACUCAGGUAGGCUGCCCAAAUGCUCCUCGAAGCCGCAUCAUGCUUUCAAGGGCAAACACAAUGAACGCAGCACGGUGUUUGCUGAUCUGUCCGCGGAUGAAUAUCUCCAAGUCCGCGACUAUAUGAGUAAUCAGAAAGACUUGGAUAUUUCUGUCAAUGCGCUUACAAAACCUUCAGGGAAUUUUCUCUUCUUAAUUGAUAUUUUGCUGCCAAGGAAAGCGGAUGUACUGGGCUACCUAGAUAACAAUAAACCCAAGCCGGUGAGAGAGGCGACUGCGGUAGUUUUCCAUGGCACCCUUGGGCACAUUAAAGAAUAUGUGGUGGGACCUCUCCCCAACCCGACUUACCACCGCGAUGUCACGUUUGAGAGGUAUAAAGAAGAGUUGCCCAUCAAUGCGCGUACGGUCACCAUUGGUGAAUAUGCACUUAUUUUCAAGUUUAUUACUGAAGAGGUAUUUACAAAACUUGGUAAAAUUGUGAAAGAAAGUUUUGAUGUCAGUAAAGAGAAGACCCUGAAUGCUUUCGAAGGCAUGCCCCGGGGUGUCAAAUCGGGAGAAAGACAGACAUGGAUAUCCUUCUUUCGUGAUUUGAGUGGGAUGUACAUCCACCCUGUAGGUUUGGAAGUUUUAAUCAACCACGAAAGCACCAACGCAUCUCUUUGGAGUGUGAAGAGAUUACUUUAUAACGGACAGUACUUCGACAGUGUGGAGGAUCUUAUAAAACAAUAUGACGCCGGGACUGUGACGAAAAUUGUAUAUAAACCUGUCCAGAACUAUGCAUCACUCAAACCUAAAAGUAAAACCACCGGUUUAAGCCCUCAGCAGUUUUACGCGCAAGGUAAACGCUUCAGUGUCAAGAAUAAUCAUGUAAUGUAUCUCGAAUGGAGUUUUGCGUUUGGUCUGAGUUCCCUCACCGGUAUGAGAGUUUUUGACAUUCGUUUCAAGGGGGAGAGGAUAGCUUAUGAGCUUAGUGUUCAAGAGGCAAUGUCAGUUUAUGGUUCCAUCACACCCGGCAUGAUUCUGACUAAGUUUUUGGACUCUAGUAUCGGAAUAGGGCGCUUUGCGCACGAGCUCGUUCGAGGCGUGGAUUGUCCGUACGCGGCAACCUACAUCGACACUUACCGAUACAUUGACGUCAGUGCACCUCAUAGAUUCAGGAAUUCAAUUUGCCUUUUUGAGCACAAUACAGGCCGUCCUCUCAGAAGACACUUCUCGGACUUUUUCAGCAAUAGUUAUGGAGGCAUGGUUAACAGUGCCUUAGUUUUUAGGACCAUUACGGCCAUAGGUAACUAUGACUACUUGUGGGACUUCAUUUUUUACCAGAGCGGCUCUGUUGAGACCAAAGUGCAUGCCACUGGAUACAUAUCAUCGUCUUUCAAUGUUGAUGGCAAUCUCAAAUACGGACACCAGGUGGCAGAAAAUACUAUUGGGAACAUCCACACCCAUUUCAUCAACUUCAAAGUUGACCUGGACGUGUUGGGGGUUGAGAAUGUAUUCCAGACCAAGGACAUGAAGUUUAUGAACGUGUCUUUACCCUGGAUGCCGGAGCGCUAUGCCAUGGUUCCUCAGCUGGUGGAGGCCCAGCUAAAGACUGAGAAGGAGGCUGCUCUCCGCUACGACACCAAGACGCCACGCUACCUUCACAUCGCCAGCAACCGCACCAACCGCUGGGGCCACCAACGCUCCUACCGCCUCCAGGUGGUCAGCUUCACCGGUGACAGCCUUCCAGAGACGGAGCCAGAGGAGAAGUCCAUGUCUUGGGCUAGGUAUAAAGUGGCCAUUACUAAGCACAAAGACUCAGAGCAGACCAGCAGUAGCCUGUACAGUCAGAACAACAUGUGGACACCAGCAGUGGACUUCAGCAAGUACAUUGAGGAUGACGAGAGCAUUGAGAACCAGGACCUGGUUGCCUGGGUAACCACCGGCUUCCUCCACAUUCCUCACGCUGAGGACAUCCCCAACACGGUUACCGUUGGAAAUGGAGGCGGAGUGAUCCUGAGACCACAUAACUACUUUGAUGAGGACCCGUCUAUUCACUCCCCAGACGGGGUGUACAUCAGCCCAGGGUCAGAGGGAAACUGUGAAUAUAACAAGAUGGCCUGCUUUGCUGAAGAUGCAUGCAGCCCAGUCGUUGAACCCUUCACCUACAAUGGGUUUGAAGGGACCAUGAAGUUUGAAGAGUGAAAAAAUAACAAGUCCCCAGUCCCAAUCCUGAGUGUGCUCUGCGCUAAACACUAAAACACUUAUGAAAAUGGGAAUCUUGCCCAAGACAACCUUUGAAAUAGUUAACAACUUUGGGUGGCAUCAGUUACAUUUACAAAACAUAAGGAACACCUUCCUAAUAUUGGAACACCUUCCUUUGCCCUCAGAACAGCCUCAAUUUGUCAGGGCAUGGACUCUA